AGGCGGGAAUUUAGAAAAUUAGGUCGGAAUAACGCGGGGAAUUGUAUUGUAUUGGCGGUGAUAUAAGAAGUGGAUUUUGAGUGAAGAAUCAAAUCAGAAUCUGAUUAUACAUAUGGGGAAGCGAAAGAGAACUAGGGUUCCAAGAGAUGCCGAUGAAGAAGAAGAAGAAAUAGAACAUGAAGAACCUCAGGACGAUGUUGGCACUUCUUCAACGCACCAGAGUUUGUACCAGGUUCUUGGUGUGGAAAAAACAGCAACCCAACAGGAAAUUAAGAAAGCAUAUUAUAAAUUGGCUUUAAGACUGCAUCCUGACAAGAAUCCUGGUGAUGAGGAAGCAAAAGAGAAGUUUCAGCACCUACAGAAAGUUAUCUCAAUACUUGGUGAUGAGGAGAAAAGAGCACUUUAUGAUGAGACUGGUUGCAUCGAUGAUGAUGAUCUAGCAGGAGGUAGUGUUGUUAACAAUCUGAAAGAAUUCCUCAAGACUUUGUACAAAAAGGUCACUGAGGAAGACAUUGAACAGUUUGAAGCAACCUACAGAGGAUCUGACUCAGAAAAGAUUGAUUUGUUUGACCAGUUCAAAAAGUACAAGGGUAACAUGAACAAGCUCUUCUGUUCAAUGCUAUGCUCCGAUCCUAAGCUGGAUUCCCACCGUUACAAAGAUAUUGUCGACGAGGCAAUUGCAAACGGUGAUUUGAAGUCAACAAAAGCAUAUGAAAAAUGGUGUAAGAAAGUAUCGAAAAUUAAACCUCCCACAAGUCCUCUGAGGCCCAGGCGCAAUGUAAAGGAGGAGACUGAAGAUUUAUAUGCAAUGAUAACUCAGAAAAGGAAUGAGAGGAAAGGUAAGUUUGAUUCGUUGUUUGCGAAAUAUGGUGGUGGUGGGAGCAAAGUGGAUUCAGAACCUACUGAUGAGGAGUUUGAAGCCAUACAGAAGAAGCUCCAAAGCAAAAUGAAAACCAAGAAGAAAUAAAUUUGGAUUUGGAAAUGUAACUGAAAUUGGUUUAUCAAGUAGUAUUAGUUUGAUGAUACUUUUGUUUGAGCAUUGGGGCUUGUUGAAUCAACUGAAAUUUUGUUUGGAUCAUGGUUUUCCUCAUUGAAAUAUUAUUAUUAUGCUCA